CAGACGGAGAGUGCAUACUUCGCGAGAUUCGAUUUUACCGGUUGAAAAUCACAUGUGAUAAACUAUUUCUCGCGAACGAUUUACUGAAGAGAGGUAAUAUUGACUUGCUUCAAAACCAAAUCAACGAAGGGCCAAACAAAUGGAAUCAGAAGCGAGGAAAAGGCAUUCUGUCAAUAUCAUCCAUACCACGCCCCUACAGUAUACGGUUGGCCAAAUUCCAAGAUGAGCCACAUAUAAUGCACUUCAUACGGGAGAAUUUCUACUGUGAGGAGCCGUUGAUGCGAAGUCUUAAAAUCACAAAAUCUGUAGCGAACGCUACCUUGGAAUGCUAUUUGAGUGCACAAUUGAAACAUGGAUUCAGUAUGCUAGCCGUGGCAAAAGAUAAUCGAAUAGUUGGAGUUGCGAUGAAUCAGCGGAACUGUCAGUGGGAUGGAGAUAAGCUCAAGCAACAAGGGGAUACGAUUCAGUGUGAUCCUUUGCGAAAACUCUUCUACAUCUGGUCAAUCGUUUCCACUGAACCGCAGUUACAUCAGAAGCUGAAAGCUUCUUGCAUUUUCGAGAUUUCCAUCCUUGCGACCGCACGUGAGGCCCAGCGUCAAGGUAUUGCGUUACAAUUAACGCUCCAUUCCCUGCGUUUGGCACGUGAUUUGGGCUUCGAAGUUGCACGAAUGGACUGUACCAACGAGUACAGCUCAAAGGUGGCACAUCGAGCGGGUAUGGAGUGCAUGUGGUCGGUACCGUACAAACAUUUGGUGGACAGCGAUAAAAAGUCGGUGGUGCAACCGGAGGAUCCUCACACCCACAUUCGGGUGCACGCAGUUCGACUGAAGGAUGUCUGA